AUGGAAUUGUCUAUACCACGCUCCGAUAUUAAAGAUAUUUAUGCUUGGAAUGUAUAUUACGCAAAAAAAAUUAUCACACAUCUUCAAAAGAAAAUUGUCUUUAUUGAAAAUGAAGAAGUUGUCCUAAAUUUGGAAGAAUCGAUAUCUCAAGUAAGAGUUAUAGUGGAUGAAGAUACAGAAAUUCCCCAAAAAUCUAAAAGUAUCGUCCUGACGAGUCUGAGUCAAAAACCUGAAGGUCUACAUUUCGGCGUUGUGGAAUGCGAGGAAUCGAUGGACAUAGACAAUCCCUUCUUAAAUUCAAACAAAGUGAGCAGAUCUCCGCCGAGAUGUCCAACUUCAGAAAAACACAUUGCUAAUCUGCAAAUAACUACCAUGCAACAACCAUCGAGCAACAGAACCUUGUCUAGCGAACAACAAAGCAAUGUAAAUUGCUCAACCAAUAUACUACUCCAAGAGACAGAGUCAACUGAGAACCAACAUGAACAACCAGGUAACUCUUUUCUUUCUAAUCAUGCUUCUUCUUCUUCUUCUUAUCUACCGUCACAAAUAUACAUCUCUACUCCACAAGAUAGCCAAGAAAACCAAGAACAUGAAUGGAAAACUGUUCAAGCCCACAAACGAGCAAGAAAUGACAGCCCUGGAGGUGAUAAACAACUAAAACAAACAAUAAUGAGCGAUUACUGGCUCAAAGCACCCACACCAACGUCUAAUAGAUUUGCUAGCUUAGAUGAAGUACCUGAUGAGACCAACCAAACCAGAACUGAUGCAGUUAAAGAAAGUAUUCAACCCCCACCCAUAUUUGUUUCAGAUGUAGGUGAUAUACAACCUCUUCGACAAUUGUUAGAAACAAUAUCCCCUCUGGGAUAUUCCAUCAAAUGUCUCUACAACGACCAAGUAAAGAUCCAGCCCUCAACUUCUGAAUAUUACCGAAUCAUAACCAAAGCACUCAAUGAGAAAAAAACACAUUAUUACACCUACCAAAAAAAGGAAGAAAGAACAUUCCGAGUUGUGCUUCAUGAUGGUGAAUGGUCAGAUUAUUCGGCAUCAUGCAGUGAGUAUGAACCAAAUAGCAAACACGAAAAUAGUUCUGAAGUCGAUGACCCUGCUCCAUGCAGAAGCAACCAGAGAACCAAUAGAUCUCCCAAGGAGGGUAAAACCUCUAGUUCCUGUGCUACGAUGGGACAUGGUCUAGAAAAUAUGGACAUCCCUGGAUCCUCCACACAAAUCAGUACACAUAUUAUUACCCAAAAUGUGGUGUAUGAAGUCAAUGAAUCCCAGCACCCAGAAGUAAAGAAGGGCAAGAAAAGAAAUAUUAAUAAGGAUGCAUGGAAACGAACCAUCAAGAGUAAGGAGUCGUUUUCUCGAAAACACCAAAGAAGACAAAUAACAAACUGUCGCUGUAAAUGCUCCUUAAAAUUAACCGAAGAACAACAAAACCAAAUUUUCCAGGCCUAUCACAAUUUAACGUCAUCUACACAACAAAAUUUAUACCUUGAAGGUUGUGUACGUCCUACGGAUGUCAAACGACACAGAUCAAGAAAAUCUAUCAAUCCACGACAUAGGAGCCGAAGCUUUCUAUAUGAAAUAAAGAUUGACGGAAAACUGAUAACACUAUGUCAGUCGGCAUUUUUAGCAGUACAUGGAAUAAAACGCUCUAAACUGCGCCGGAAGAUUCAAAAAAACAAUGCAGAUCCUAAGGAUUCUAGAGGUAUUCAUCACACUAGGCCAAAUAGAACAAAAAUUGAUACUUUAGCCGCAGUUAGAAAAUUUAUAGAAGAACUGCCAGCUCGAGAGUCUCAUUACAGCAGAUCUGAUAAUAAACUUCGGAAGUAUUUGGAUUCCCAUUUAUCUGUUGCUAAACUUCACCGAAACUUCUUAGAAAAGAGUCAAAAUGAAAAAGUAUCAUACGAGAUGUUCAGGAAAAUUUUUACAGAAGAAUAUAACAUAUCAUUUGGAUUCCCAAGAAAAGACAUCUGUAAAGAAUGCACUCUAUUUCUGGCACGUUUACAACAAGCUGAAGUGGCACAUGAUAAGACAUCGACACAAACUCUCAAGGUAGCAAGAGAACUGCACAUAAGAAAAGCUGAAGUGUUUCAAAAGAAAAUUUCGGAAGAAGCAAAAGCUAAUGAUCCUUACGUUCUAUCAAUUUGCUUAGAUUAUCAAAAAAAUUUGCCUGUUCCUGUAACGAAUAUUACGGACGAAUACUAUUUGCGUCAGUUGUGGAUUCAUAAUUUGGGAAUACGUUGCUUAACGACAGGAAAAACCAAUAUGUAUAUGUAUGCAGAACACUUUGCUCAGAAGGGACCAAACGAGGUUAUUUCUUGCCUUCAGGACUAUAUUACGCAAAAUCAGAAGCCAGAACAACGUUAUUUGAAACUUUUUUGCGACAACUGCUUCAGCCAGAAUAAAAAUAGAUAUUUAUUUGUCUUUUUGGAUCAGCUUUGCUCCAAUAAUAUUUUUGAAGCUAUAGAAAUCUGGUAUCCAAUACCCGGUCACAGUAUGAUGCCAGUCGAUCGAGAUUUCGCUGUGAUUGAAAAACAAAGAGUAAAGUACGACAAAGUUGACAACCCUGAAGUUUAUGUCAAUAUGAUAAAAGGUUGCAGAAAGAAAAACCCAUUUGAUGUCGUAUUUGUACAGCAUUCGCUGAGGUCAAAUGGAUGUCUGGAAAAAGGCGAUCGUAGCAUAAAAGUGAAAAACUAUAAAUUAUGGUUAGACUCCCAUAUAAAAAAAACUGUGCCGGGAAUUUCGAAAGCUAGACGCAUCAAAUUUUCGCGUAAUGAGCAACCACAGCUCAGUGCAACCUACUCUGGCCCAAUGGAAUUAAUCAAACUUUACAAAGUGGGUCAAAACCGUAAAGUUUGCGGCCAACCCACGCUGGCCUAUGCGAAUGAAUACCUUCAAAUAAAACAGUUGAAAUUUGACAACGUAAUGCAUCUUGUCAAACACAUUAUAUCACUGGACACUGAAUUCUUUACUCGAACCAUGUCUGACAAUGGGAGUAUAAUCCAACAAAAUAACCUUGUGAGUGAAGAACUUCAUCAGGUGCAAGAGGCUGACGCAGUUUAUGAAUAG